AUGCCUUCUCUCAAUAUUGCCAUCAUUGGGGCAGGCCCUGCAGGUACCACUCUUGCGCACCUGCUUCUCAAAUCCGAACAUGAUAUCUCAGUCUCCGUCUUCGAACGCGAGGUUUCUUUGGACGCACGUGGUCAGGGUGGUACCCUAGAUCUGCACACCAAUACGGGACUUCUCGCCCUGAAAGAAGCCGGUCUGUAUGACGAAUUCCUCAAGCACGCCCGAUUCGAUGGCGAAGCUGUCGUCCUCGCUGACAAGCACAUGAAACGAUACAUCAACUUGUCUGGAGGCGACCCAAAACAAUCGAGAGGACGUCCUGAGAUUGAUCGCAAGAACUUACGCGAGAUUCUUCUUAGCGGGUUACCACAAGGGACUGUCAAAUGGGGCCAUAAACUGGAGAGGAUCAACACAACCAACUUCCCUGACAAUCCCAAGGAGUCGGCCCUCGAGUUUGAGCACACUUCUCUGAACGGCUUUGAUCUGAUCGUUGGGGCUGAUGGCGCCUCUUCGCGCAUGAGGUCUCUUCUGUCUGACGAAAAGCCGUUCUUUUCUGGUGUUGGCUGUAUACGUCUGAGCAUCGAUAAUGCCGAGAAAGCUGUUCCCGAAAUCUAUGCUCGCGUAAACCGUGGCACCUUCUUUGGAUUCAGUGAUCGCAAGGGACUAAUUGCACAGCAAAUGGGCGACGGCAGCAUAAGCAUUACUGCGAUGAUCACCGAGUCCUCGACGGAUUGGAUCAAGCAAUACCCUUGGAACGGUACCGAUGUACCAUCGAUAAAAUCGCAUCUGUUGUCUGAGUUCGAUGAUUGGGACCCGCUGUACAAGGAGUGGAUUGAGGCGUGCGACAUCUCACCUUGGAUUGCCAAUCUUGACAUGCUUCCUGUUGGUCAUAAGUGGACACACCGACCUGGAUUCACUUUGAUUGGAGACUCUGCACAUCUCGCAACGCCGUUUGCAGGAGAAGGGGUAAACCUUGGAAUGGCUGAUGCAUUGUACCUUGCAAAAGCUAUCACUAAAUAUGCGGCCUCGUCUUCACCCAGUCAUACACUUUCGUCUCACGUCAAGGCUUUCGAAGAGGACAUGUUUGUUCGAGCAACUCGCAUGCAGGACAUGACUUACAACAUGAUGCGUCUAAUGCUUUUCGAGCAUAAUGCACCGCAAGCGACUGUUGCACCCUGGUUAUGUUGGAUAGCCGAUUCGACUCUUUCUUCUAUCGUGGCACCCUUUGCCUAUGUGGCUAUUUACGGUUAUUAUUGGUACUUUGAUAUGUGGUAUAGAUUCUGGGGCAAAGCAUGA